AUGCCAGCUAUGCGGCUGGAUAAGCUCGAUCUUGAAAAUUCUAUUUCAAUUUUAUCAAACAUUAAGGAGAAACUGGCAGCUUUGAAAAAAGAUACCUUUGUACUACCGGAAGGAGAGUAUAAAAAAUAUGAUAACAGUCUGUUCGAUGGUAUGCAAUUCCCACUCACAGUGAAUUUGCUUAUAGCUGGGAAUAAACCAGUCAAAGAUCAAAAUUCUCCGAGAAGUAAAAGUGCCCGAACAAAGGACAAAGUUGAUGAGCAAAGAGCUGACAAAUAA